CUGAAAGCUACUACCAUGGCGAAUGCCAACUUCUCAUCGUCCUCGCCGGUGCCGUCCUGAACCUAAACGACCAUUUGAUGUCCUGUCUUGUUCUUAUCCAUUCCCAAAGCUGAUUCUCUUUGUCUCUCUCUCACGUCCAAAUGUCAAUAUUUUAUUGAUUUUCAAACUUGGAAGCAAUUAAUAAGCUAUGUCAUAUAUUCCCUCCCAAAUUUCCAAAUCCUGCUGAGGCGCUCAAACAGAGGCUGUUCUGUUAUCUUCCAUACAUUCUGAGUUUUUGUCAUUCUGUUGCUUGCUCCAGCCUCCAGCGAUGGCCCCGUCGGCGGCGACCUUGAUCGAACGCCGUCGAGUGAUUUCGACGAACGGUGGUGGGAAAGCUCUGGUAGAUGUGGAUUCGGGAGAGCUGAGGGGAGAAAAUGGCUGCGACAGUUCAGGUGAGAAGCGCGUGGGAGUCGCCGGGAGAAAUGGCCCUCGGCCUCAGCCUGCUCGGCAAUCGUCCUAUAAAGAAAAUAUUGGUCACAUAGCUGCCGAGACGUAUUUGAUUACUCGGCUUGCUUUCACGCUUCUUCAAUGUUUGGGGAUAGGUUAUCGCUGGAUUACUCAAUUGCUUGCCCUUGGAUGCUAUGCCAUGCUUCUUAUGCCUGGUUUUCUACAAGUUGGAUAUUUUUAUUAUUUCUCAAAGCGGGUAAAACGAAGUGUUAUUUAUGGAAGUAUGCCAAGGAAUAGGAUGGAUCUGUAUUUACCUGCUGAUAUUCGUGAACCCAAACCAGUUUUGAUAUUUGUAACUGGAGGAGCAUGGAUUAUUGGGUAUAAAGCAUGGGGUUCCCUGUUGGGAUUACAGUUGGCAGAAAGAAACAUCAUGGUGGCAAGCAUUGAUUACAGAAACUUUCCUCAGGGAACCAUCAGUGAUAUGGUAAAAGAUGUCUCGCAAGGAAUUUCAUGCGUUGUUAACACUAUAACUGAUUAUGGAGGUGACCCUAAUAGGAUUUAUCUGAUGGGGCAAUCUGCUGGUGCUCAUAUUUCUGCUUGUGCUUUAAUGGACCAAGCACUUCGAGAAUCUGGAAAAGAAGAUAGUGUUUCUUGGAGCGUCUCCCAGAUAAAAGCAUAUUUUGGUUUAUCCGGGGGAUACAACUUAUUGGAUUUAAUUGAUCACUUUCAUCAACGUGGCUUGUAUCGUUCCAUUUUCUUAAGCAUAAUGGAAGGUGAAGAAUCAUUGGAGAAAUUUUCUCCUGAAGUCGAAGUUAGUGACCCACGCAUUAAAGAUGCCAUUCCUCUGUUGCCCCCAAUUAUUCUGUUUCAUGGAACUGGUGAUUAUUCCAUACCAGCAGAUUCCAGUAAAAAGUUUGCUGAUACUCUGAAGAACGUGGGUGCACGAACUCAGCUUAUUCUAUAUGAUGGAAAACACAACACAGAUCUGUUUUUCCAAGAUCCAUUGCGAGGUGGUAAAGACGACCUAUUUGAACACGUAGUUUCUAUCAUACAUUCUGGUGAUGAUGAAGCUCUUGCACAGGAUGCAAUGGCACCCCCAAGAAGACGGUUUUGUCCUGAGUUUUUGUUGAAGUUGGCCGGCAAGAUCAGUCCUUUCUAAGCUUCUGGUAGUUCUCUAGAUUCCUUUCAUGUAUUGAUCAGGCUCGCCUGAAAUUUACUUCACUCCGAAGGAUCUUUAACGACAUGGAUCUUCUCCAUUCAUGCAUUUAGAGAGAAGAAUGACGAGAAAAUGAACUGUGAAUGCGGAGGACGUGGAAGGAUCUCAAUAGUUCUUGUAUAUUAAUUACAGUAGUUCCGAAUCUCUUCUAUUCAUUUGGGUAUUUCUUA